AUGUCAGCUCAAUGGGACAUUGCUGAGCCUCCUAGCGACGCGAUCUCAGCCCUGCGCUUCUCGUCAGACAGUGCUUCCCGCAGAUUCGCUGUUGCAUCCUGGGACAAGUAUGUCUACAUCUACGAGGUCAGCGACGACAAACAAUGCCUACUGCUCAAUAAGAUCGAACACCGAGCCCCAGUCCUAGAUGUAUGCUUCGGUAAAGACAACGACGAAAUCUAUACAGCAUGUUUGGAUUGGGACGUAAGAAGAAUUCAAAUCUCAUCGAAUGAGCAGACAGUCUUGAGCACUCACGAUGCAGGGGUACGGAACGUCGUUUACAGCAAAGAACAUGGUCUUGUCAUCUCCGCUGCCUGGGACUCGACUGUUCAUGUGCAUCCAGCUUCACCUGAUGCUGAAUGGUCCACUGCAACUAUCAACCUUCCUAGCAAACCCUUCUCUCUAUCGCUCUCGUCCAGCAAACUUGUCGUGGCCAUGGCCAAUCGCGCACUGAAUAUCUACGAGCUGGCCACAUUAGCUAAGGAGUGCAAGAAUUCAGCGAAUGCUUUACAAAACAGACUGGAUAUAGAGCCAUGGCAGAGGAGAGAAAGCAGCUUGAAGUUCAUGACCAGAGCUGUCGAUUGCAUGCCUGGUGACGAAGGUUACGCAACCUCAAGCAUCGAAGGACGAGUCGCUGUUGAAUGGUUUGAUCCCAGCAAUGAGAGCCAAGCCAGGAAAUACGCCUUCAAAUGCCAUCGCCAGCCAGUUGACGAUGUGGAUGUUGUCUAUCCGGUGAACUCUAUCGCCUUCCAUCCUGUCCACGGCACUUUCGCGACUGGUGGUGGUGAUGGUGUUGUCGCUAUUUGGGACGCCAUCGCCAAGCGCAGAAUCAGAAUCUACCCGAAGCUGGCCUCCAGCAUCGCCGCCAUGUCGUUCAGUGCCGAUGGCCGAAUUCUAGCCACUGCCAUCAGUCCUGGGUUUGAAGAUGGCAAAGAGGAGCUUGCCGAAGGCUCUAUUGCCAUCUACAUUCGCGAACUGGGAGAAAAUGAGGUCAAGAAGAAAGCCAAAUAA